UGUGAAUAUAUUUUUUUAUUAAAUUUUUAUCUCACAUCAAUUUGCUACGACAAUUUUUUUUACAACAAAUUCAACAAUAAUUUUUGUACAAAAAAUUCACAAAAAUACAAUAGAAAACACAAUCAGUACUUGAGAUUUUAAUGCAAGUCCACUCAUUGUUCUUUCUCCUCUGUCUAAUGCUAUGGAGCUGCAAAAUCUGGCGGAAGAAGGUGGUUUAUCUUGUAGUUUGCAUCUGUGGCUUGGCUUAGGUCGUAUGCUUAGUAUGAAAUUGUUCAUAUAAAAUAUUAGUAAUUGUUUUCCAGUGUGCUCAGUAUGGUUGUUGGACGAGAAUCAAGAUCAGAAUACUCGACACAUAUUAUUGCAGUAGAAGAAGUAGAAGUCCCUACAUGCAUGACGGAGAAUUCCGCUGAUGAUGAACAAGUAGAAGGGAUGAUUACAAAGCCUUUACUUAAGGAUGAUCAUGACUGUUUUUCAGCAAAAGGUGGCUUCAGAACCAUGCCAUUCAUUUUAGCCAAUGAGGCUUUUGCGCAGGUGGCAAGCUGCGGGCUACAGCCUAGCAUGAUUCUGUACUUGACGGGAGAGUACCAUCUGAACAUGGCUACUGGGUCUAACAUAAUCUUUCUUUGGUCAGCAGCAACAAAUUUCAUGCCCCUUCUUGGUGCUACAGUUGCAGAUUCAUUUCUGGGUCGAUUUCGGAUGAUCUUAUUUGGUUGUGUUAUUAGUCUUCUGGGAAUGGCUCUUUUGUGGCUAACAAGUAUGAUUCCACAAGUAAAGCCGCCUCCAUGUCAUGAAUCGAAUAAAAAUUGUAGCUCUGCGACAAGUUUUCAACUCUCUCUCUUGUGUUCUUGUUUUGGACUCAUGUCUAUUGGAUUUGGAGGAAUUAGGUCUUCAUCCUUAGCUUUUGGUGCUGAUCAGUUACAAAAAGCAGGUGGCCACAACAAUGGACGGGUUCUGGAGUCCUAUUUCAGCUGGUACUCUGCGUUAUCCACAAUUUCUCUUUUAAUUGCUUAUACUUGCAUUGUCUACGUACAAGAAAACUUGGGAUGGCAAGUUGGUUUUGGCAUUCCGGUCAUGCUCAUGUUGUUGUCAACUCUGUCAUUCUCCCUGGCUUCGCACUUAUAUGUCAAGUUGAAGGCUAAAUCAAGUUUAAUUGUUGAAAUGCUUCAAGUGGCUGUAGCCUCUUAUAGGAAACGGCAUAUAGAAUUGCCAACAGAGAGCUCAAAAAUGCUGUACCAUCACCACAGGGGUCCAUCAAUUUGUCUUCCAAGUGAAAAACUAAGGUUCUUAAACAAAGCUUGCAUCAGCUUAGAUCCUGAGAAAGACUUGACAACAGAUGGAACAGCGGCAGAUCCCUGGAGUCUUUGCACAGUAAAUCAAGUUGAGGACCUGAAGUCGAUUCUCAAAGUGAUCCCCUUAUGGUCCACAGGAAUGAUAAUGUCGGUAAAUAACAGCCAGCUCUCAUUUUCUGUACUUCAAGCAAAGUUCAUGAACCGAAAAUUUGGUCCAAACUUCGAAAUGCCAGCUGGUUCUUGUAGUAUGUUUGCCGUUGUUGGUGCAGUACUAUGGAUACCUUUUUAUCUUCAGAUAAUCCUGCCUGUUGCAUCAAGAAUUUUGGGGAGACCUGUUCAUCCUUCGACAAGGGAAAGAAUGGGAAUUGGAGUGGCCCUUUCUUUUGUAGGCAUGAUAGUGGCAGCAACAGUGGAGCUUAAACGACGUAGUCUGGCUAUCAGGGAAGGAUAUUCAGAUGAUUCAGCUGCAGUGGUGGACAUAUCAUUACUUUGGCUUCUUCCCCAAUCUUUCCUGAUCGGCGCUGGUGCAAUUGCAAAUAUGGUUGCACAGAAUGAGUUCUAUUAUUCCGAGUUUCCAAGAAGCAUGUCAAGUAUAUCUUGUACUCUUUCCUUACUUGGGAUAUCUGCGGCAAAUCUUGUUUCAAGUUUUCUUAUGAACGCCAUCGACAAACUCUCGAAACUGGGAGGAAAAGAAAGCUGGAUUUCGACCAAUGUCAAUAAGGGUCACUAUGAUUAUUACUACUGGGUGCUUGCUGGCUUAAGUAUGCUUAACAUGAUUUAUUUCCUCAUUUGCAACAAGGCUUAUGGUCCUGGCAAAGAAGAUAAGAAAGAGACGACUUUUCAUGAACAGGAUGAGUAGAACUAGAGGUCUUUCAUUGCUGUAAUAUAGUAGGUGAAACCUAGACAAGCUGUAUCGUGAUCAGUAAUUCAGUACACCUGCAGAAACCUGGGAGUCGAGAAUAUCAGUUGAUCCAACAAUCUCGUUACUGUAAAAGCUGUCAUCCAACUUACUAUAUCUGGAUGCAUGCACAGAUGUCUGGCAGCCGGGAACUGUAGUAGAGGAACAAUCUCUCUUGGUAAUUUCCCUUUUGUGGCUGGAAAUACUCCCCUAGACUAGACUAGUUUUUCGCAACAGAGUAUUGCUGACUCCACAGAAAAUUGAACAGAUUAAUAAUUUGGUCGAACCUGGAAGGUUGGUCCAUAAUUUGCAAUCUUCAUGUUACAGUCCAUAACUUGGGCAAUAGUUACAGAUCUCGUGCUAUAA